AUGGCCCCUAAUUCAGCUGAAAUUCUUGUCCGCAUUGAUGUCGUUGACGAAAAUGACAAUGCGCCCACCGUCACGGUGCGGACGGCGUCUCCGAACUUGGACGGGACGACGGGACAGUCGGCGGGACAUAUGUUGGAUUCCGUCACUUCCACCAGCGGCAGCCACCUUAUUCAGGUGCUAGAGGACUGUGCGGUGGGUACGCUGUUGGCCCAGUUUGAAGCUCACGACGCGGACAGUGGAGACAACGGGAGGGUGACAUUCGCAUGGUCGGAGACC